AUGUACAUCCGCAAGGUAUUUGCUAAGAAAUUUGGUGUCACUGAAUUUGUGAUUCCAAAAGAUCAUGACAAGCCUGUUCAACAGGUGCUUGCUGAGAUGACUGACGGAGAGGUGGAUCGGGCCAUUGAAUGUACUGGAAGCAUCCAGGCCAUGAUCUUAGCUUUUGAAUGCGUUCAUGAUGGUUGGGAUGUUGCAGUGCUUGUUGGAGUCCCAAAUAAAGAUGACUUAUUCAAGACUCAUCAUAUAAACGUGCUAAAUGAGAUGACUCUUAAGGGCACCUUCUUUGGCAACUACAAGCCCUGCAUCGAUAUUCCGGAUGUCGUGGAAAAGUACAUGAACAAGGAGCUAGAACUUGAUAAAUUUAUCCUCAGCUUAGGAGUAUAAAGCCAAUUGAGAUGAAAUAAAGAAAGAAAACAGUCAACCUUGUGAUUGACUAGGUUAGUAAAGCCAAGA